UUCGACGACAACGAUGGUAUAUAAAUAAAUUCGAUGCUAUGGGCUGUGUUAUUAUUUGGCUGUACUUUAUUUGGUAUUUAUCUGGCAUCAUCGCCACUUCUCCGAGGACAGUUUCGUUAAAAGGGAGCAUAUCAAAGCACGCUUCGCUACACAUCUUAAAAUAAAAUAAAACAUCCUGGAUCCCAGCCGACUGUCCAGUACUCUACUCAGGUCCAGUUCGUCAUCUGAUGUAAACCCUAGACCGGGAGCAACAUCCUGAGGGCUCACAGCUGUCUUUCAAGACUCUUCAGUGUGGCAAACGCCUCCUUCGCCGAACAUGGACGCCAGAGGACUCUUCCAGAGGUUGGCCGAGGCCGAGCAGUCUCACCUCCUGCGGUUCUGGGACCAGCUGAGCCCCGAGGAGCGAGCGGGCUUGACCCUCGACCUUCAAGGAAUAGACUUCCAGGAUAUCAACGGCUUCUUCAGGAAGGCCACGGACGUGUCCCGCAGCAGCGGUGAGAAGAUGGACGGCCGCAUGGCGCCUGUCCCGCGGGAGGUGCUGGGGAGCGUGACGAGGGACGAGACCAGCGUGAAAAGCUGGGAGCAAACGGGUCUGCAGUGCAUCUCCCAGGGGAAAGUAGCGGUCGUGCUGCUGGCGGGCGGUCAAGGAAGCCGACUGGGAGUUCCGUACCCAAAAGGGAUGUUUGACGUGGGGCUGCCGUCCCGUAAAACACUUUUUCAAGUGCAGGCUGAGCGUAUUUUGAAGCUCCAACAGCUGGCUGAGGAGACGCUGCACAGCAAGUCUUCCAUUCCAUGGUACAUCAUGACCAGCAGCAGGACCAUGGACUCCACGGAGGAGUUCUUCUCUCGCCAUGACUACUUUGGCUUGGACAAGAACAACGUGAUGUUCUUCCGGCAGGGCAUGCUGCCCGCCAUGGACCACCAGGGCAAGAUGAUCCUGGAGAGCAAAAGCAAAGUGUCCAUGGCUCCGGACGGCAACGGAGGUCUGUACCGAGCCUUGAAGAACCAGGGCGUCCUGGAGCACAUGCAUCAGAGGAGCGUGGAGUGCAUCCACGUGUACUGCGUGGACAACAUCCUGGUCAAAGUCGCCGACCCGGCGUUCCUGGGAUUCUGCGUGCAGCACCAUGCCGACUGCGGCGCCAAGGUGGUGGAGAAAAGCCACCCGACAGAGGCGGUGGGCGUGGUCUGCAAAGUGGACGGCAAAUACCAGGUGGUGGAGUACAGCGAGAUCGCCAUGGAAACGGCCCAGAAGAGAGGCGCCGACGGACGCCUGCUGUUCAACGCUGGGAACAUAGCCAACCACUUCUUCAGCUUCUCCUUUCUCAAAGACGUGGUGGAGAAGUAUGAACCCAGUCUUCAGCACCACGUGGCCCAGAAGAAGAUCCCCUUUGUGGACCACAGAGGUCGACUCUCCACGCCGGACAAACCAAACGGAAUCAAAAUGGAAAAGUUUGUCUUUGACGUUUUCCAGUUUGCCGAGACCUUUGUGGUGUACGAGGUGCUGAGGGAGGACGAGUUCUCCCCGCUGAAGAACGCCGACCGCCAAGACGGGAGGGACACGCCCACAACCGCCAGACACGCCCUCAUGUCCCUCCACCACCGCUGGGUGUUGAACGCCGGCGGUCACUUUAUUGACGAGAACGGCACCCGCCUACCUGCCAUACCCAGCCUGAAGGACAGCAGCGACCUGCCCAUCAAAUGCGAGGUCUCGCCGCUGGUGUCAUACGCCGGAGAAGGCAUCCGAGCGCUGGUGAAGGAUCGAGAGUUUCAGUCACCGCUGGUCAUUGACGAGAGCGGCGUCCACCAGCUGGUCAGGGACGGGAAAUAAUCUAAUGGAUUACUAAACCGCCCUUUGAAAAAUACCGGAAUGUUUUUGUUUCAUAUACAUGACAUAUGAGCCCAGGCGCAUGUGAGUCAACACACACACAGAGCACUUACAAGUGGAGACAGAAGAUAGAGAAUGGACGCUUCAAAUAACGAUAAAGGUGAAGCUAUGCACCGCACAGUCCUUGUCCCUCCACUGUGUUUUAGCUACUUCUAAGUCACUAAUCCUCGCCUCCAUGGCAUACUUGCCAACCCUCCCGGAUUUUCCGGGAGACUCCCGAAAUUCAGCGCCUCUCCCGAAAACCUCCCGGGACAAAUUUUCUCCCGAAAAUCUCCCGAAAUUCAGGCGGAGCUGGAGGCCACGCCCCCUCCAGCUCCAUGCGGACCUGAGUGACGUGUUGACAACCUGUUCACACGUCCGCUUUCCCACAAUUUAAACAGCUAAUGAUCGAGGGCGAGUUCUUGGUUUCUUAUGUGGGUUUAUUGUAUGGCAGUUUCAUUAACGUCCUCCCAGCGCGGUAACAACACACAACAACAGCAUUUCGUCUACGUAAAGCAGUUCGUCUGCCGUAAACAGCAAUGUUGUGACACUUUUAAACAGGACAAUACUGCC